AUGGAAAUUAUGGAAACUGUGGCGAUAUUUCAAUUAAUCUAUCAAAUUACCAAUUUAGCACCAUGGGCUUUAAAUCGCAAAACGGGCAACUUUGAACGUAGUCGUGCAUUGGAAAUUUAUGGCAUGACCAUAUUGGCUAUAUCCACAAUUCUACUCUUCUAUGGGCUAUUUGGAAAAAAUGCCCUAUCCACCAUUAAUUCAAAUGAUAUUGGCAAGACAGUGGAUUUUAUACAGCUGGUUGGUAUUCGAGUGGCUCAUAUUGUGUCCAUUGCUGAGGCCCUAAUGCGCCGUGAGGAUCAAAAGAAAUUCUAUGAGCAGCUAAUGGAAAUCGAUCACAUCUUUGAGAAAUCUUUGAACAGGGAUAUGCAUAAUGGUAUAUUCCAUUCCAAUACCGUACAACGUGGUGCCUUAAUGUUAUCCAUUUAUAUCAUUUGCGAGAUUUUCAUAUUAAUCGCCCAUGUGGUGGCAAAUGACAAUGAAAAUUUCCCCACAUAUUGGAUAUUCUAUGUGAUGCCUUUGAUAAUUUGUGGCUUGCGUUAUUUUCAAAUGUUUACCGCAAUUCGGUUAAUACAACGGAGGCUGAAUGCACUUACCCAGGUUAUAAAUGAGAUCAAUUUACAUGAACCUACCAAAGCGGAGAAGGAAGUUUUCACUAAAUCUUUGGAGCCAAUUAAGUUGGGCGCCACCCAAUCAAACCCUAAUAUUUUCGAAUUAUCUUUACAAAAACGCCAAGAAAUGGAAAAUGCCGAUAUGAAAAGGCUACUCAUAAUACGUGAUUUAUAUAAUCGUCUAUUUGUGUUAACCGAAUUAUAUAACCAAUAUUUUGGCAUUUCAAUGUUAAUUAAUUUGGGCAAUGAUUUUAUUUCCAUCACAUCGAAUUGUUAUUGGAUUUUUAUAAAUUUUAAAAAUUUCGCCUCAACAACUAAAGAUUUUUUGCAAAUUGCUGGAAGUACUGUUUGGUCUAUACCGCAUCUGCUGAAUGUUUUGGUCUUGGCGAUAUUGUGCGACAGGACUAUGGGGAGUACAACCAGCAUGGCUUUGGGUUUGCAUCGCAUACACAUUGAUACGUUUAAUGAUAAUCAUAAUUCGGUGAUCCAACAAUUUUCUUUGCAACUGCUACAUCAAAAGAUCAAAAUUACUGCGGCGGGAUUUUUCACCAUCGAUUGUGGGCUACUGUAUACGAUUGUUGGAGCUACCACCACCUACCUUAUUAUACUCAUACAAUUCCAUUUGAACGAGGAGAUAGAUGGUAUAUAA